AAGCAGAGCGAGAGCAGAGAAUCAUCCGCAUUACAGCAGUAAACCUCUGCGCACACCCUGAGGACCUCUGCAUUCUCCAGCUACAUACACUUACCUGUGAGACGAGCUUACGGUGGAUGUAAGAGUGCGCGCAGAGGCAGCAGAAAUGUGCAGAGGAACAGUGAAAGAGCCGCACGGAUGUCAGCGCAACUUCAUAAAGCUCAUCGUGUUGCUCGUAGUCAACUGCGGGGCCGAGAUUCCUCCAGAUCCAAAAGUGGUGGCUGCCUCCAGUUGGAACAUGUCCAGGGGAGCUGAAAGAGUUCACUUCAUAAGGCUGGAUGCUCCCAUGAAUAACAUCACUACCUCCCUCGGUCAGACAGCUGAAUUACACUGCCACGUUUCAGGGAACCCACCACCCUCUGUGCGCUGGCUUAAGAACGAUGCCCCUGUGGUCCAGGAGCCGCGGCGUGUCUCUUACAGGCCCACUCCGUAUGGCUCACGUCUGAGAAUCCGAAACCUGGACACCACAGAUACCGGCUACUUUCAGUGUGUGGCUGCCAACACCAACGGCACAGUAUCUACCACAGGAAUUCUGUUUGUCAAAUUUGAUCCGGCCCCCACCCCCUUGGCUGGAAGGCCUUUACCAGAGGAUUUUGAUGAGGAGGGUUUCUGCCAGCCAUACAGAGGGAUCGCUUGUGCUCGCUUCAUAGGAAACAGGAGCAUCUUCGUGGACUCGCUGCAGAUGCAAGGCGAGAUAGAGACCCAGAUCACAGCUGCAUUUACCAUGAUUGGCACAUCCAAUCAUCUAUCAGAUCGCUGUUCCCGGUUCGCUAUCCCUUCCCUCUGCCACUUUGCCUUCCCAACAUGUGACCGCAGCUCAGGCAUGGAUAAACCACGUGACUUGUGCAAGGACGAGUGUGAGAUUCUGGAGAAUGACCUGUGUAAGACAGAGUACAUAAUCGCUCGCUCCAACCCACUCAUCCUUAAACGUCUCAAACUGCCCAACUGUGAUGACCUGGCCGCUUCAGACAGCCCUGAGUCCGCUAACUGCAUGAGAAUAGGCAUUCCAAUGGCUGAGACUAUAAACAAAGGCCACAAAUGUUAUAAUAAUAGCGGUUCAGACUAUCGCGGCACGGUAAGUGUGACUAAAUCUGGUCGUCAGUGUCAGCCAUGGAACUCACAGUAUCCCCACAGCCACACCUUUCUAGCCAUGCAUUACCAGGAGCUCAACGGGGGACACUCCUACUGUCGCAACCCUGGCAACAAACAUGAUGCUCCCUGGUGCUUCACCCUGGACGAAGGUGUACUCUUGGAGCUCUGUGAUAUCCCUCCAUGUGACUUACCAAAGCAUGGCAGCAACAGUAUGGGGAUCCUGUACAUCCUGGUACCGAGUGUAGCUAUACCAUUGGCCAUCGCCCUGCUUUUCUUCUUCAUCUGUGUGUGCCGGAACAACCAGAAAGCCUCGCGUCCACCUGCCCCACGCCAGCCCAAACCCGUACGUGGCCAGAACGUAGAGAUGUCCAUGCUCACAGCCUACAAACCAAAGAGCAAAGCCAAAGAACUUCCUCUUUCUGCAGUGCGCUUCAUGGAGGAGGUGGGUGAGAGUGCAUUUGGUAAGAUCUACAAAGGUCACCUGUACCUGCCAGGCAUGGAGCAUGCUCAGCUAGUGGCCAUCAAGACACUUAAGGACAUCUCGAGUGCACAACAAUGGGGUGAAUUCCAACAGGAAGUAUCUGUCCUUGCCGAACUUCAUCAUCCAAAUGUUGUUUGUCUGCUGGGCGUUGUGACCCAGGAACAGCCCGUCUGCAUGCUCUUUGAGUUCCUGGCCCAGGGCGACCUCCAUGAGUUCCUCAUUAUGCGCUCACCCCAUUCAGACGUGGGCUGUAGCAGCGACGAAGAUGGUACCAUCAAGUCCAGCCUUGAUCAUACAGACUUCCUGCACCUGGCCAUUCAGGUUGCUGCUGGAAUGGAGUACCUGGCGAGCCAUUUUUUCGUCCACAAAGACCUUGCAUCAAGAAAUAUCCUGGUUGGUCAGCAACUUCACGUCAAAAUUUCUGAUCUGGGAUUGUCAAGAGAAAUCUACACAUCUGAUUAUUUCCGGGUCCAGCCCAAAACGCUACUUCCUAUUCGCUGGAUGCCACCAGAAGCCAUCGUCUAUGGAAAAUUCAGCACAGACUCUGACAUUUGGGCGUUUGGUGUUGUUCUGUGGGAGAUCUUCAGCUUUGGCUUGCAGCCCUAUUACGGUUUCAGCAACCAGGAGGUGAUGGAGAUGGUGAGGAAGAGACAGCUGUUGCCCUGCCCUGAGGACUGCCCUCCUCGCAUGUACGCACUGAUGACUGAGUGCUGGCAAGAGGGUCCCACUCGGCGGCCAAGAUUUAAAGACAUCCACGCCCGUCUGCGAGCCUGGGAGGGCCUGUCGUCCCAUGCCAGCUCCAGCACUCCAUCUGGAGGGAACCCCACCACCCAGACUACCUCCUUGAGCGCCAGUCCCAUCAGCAACCUCAGCAGCCCAUGCUACGCCGGCUACAUCUACGGAGCUCCACAGAGCCUCCCACCAGGACAAAUCGCAGGCUUCAUGGCAGCACCCAUUGCACAAAACCAGCGUUUCAUACCUGUAAAUGGAUACCCAAUCCCGCCAGGCUACGCCGCCUUCCCCACCGCCCACUUUGCCUCUCAGGGCCCUCCGCAGGCAGUGCAACACUGUCCUCCGCCAAAAAGCCGGUCACCCAGCAGUGCCAGUGGCUCCACCAGCACUGGUCAUGUGACCAGCAUCCCGUCCACAGGCUCGAAUCAUGAUGCCAACACACCAUUGCUCUCUCACUGCGUCACUCUGACGCCCAUGCCAGGCAGCACAAUGCCAAUUUUUGGACACAUGACACAGAAGGCCUUGCAGAUAGACCCAUCCCAUGCAGCACUGCUGGCUGAUAACAGACUGAUGUAUAGUGAAUCUAUUAUUACUGCCGAUUUGUGAAUACAUGUCUUCUCCUGUAUAUUGAUAAAUAUUGAUAUUUUAAUGUUUUUGUUCCUCCUUGUGAAUACUAAAUAGCCUCAAUUGUUUUUAUAUAAAUGUUUUUGAAAAGAAUGGACUCCUCUCAUCUCUUAACUAGAUUACAUUUAAGGAAUAUUUCACCCAAAAUGUAAAUGGUGUCAUUCUAAACACAAAUGACUUUAUUCUGUGGAACACAAAAGGUGAUGUUUGGCACAAUGUUCGCCUCAGUCACCGUUUACUUUCAUUGUAUGGAAAAAAAAAUGCAAUUAAAGUAAGUGGUGACUAAGGCUAACAUACUGCCUAACAUCUCCUUUAGUGUUCCAUGGAAGUUUACACAAGUUUGCAACAAUAUGAGGGUGAAUGGGAUGACAGAAUUUUCAUUUUAGGAUGAACUAUCCCUUUAAUACAAUAUAAAGCUGAAAUAUAUUCUCUGUGAAGCUUCAUGCCGCUGGUUGCAUCAGAACUGUCUUUCGUGUAAAUUUAAUGUGUGGCAGAACAGACUGCACCUUAAAAAGGAGUCCUGCUUUCAACCAGAACUUUAAAACGAUGCCCUGUUUUGGUUUAUACCUCUAUAAUUCAGUUACUUUGAUAAAACUGUACUUCACUCACUGACGUUUAUGAGAUGGACAUUAUACAAGAUGGGGUUCUCUGUCUAGUCAUUGCAAGAGGUUUUUAUUGUACUGUAUGUAUUAUUAUUGAUGUUGCCUUAAAAUGAAGUCUAUAGCAAACUUUCCAGAACUAAGGGAAUACAACUUUUCACCAGUGCCUUACUGCUUCUGCAUCAAAUGGCACUUUUGGACACUUAAGUCACGUUUAAAAAUGUAUGAAUGUCAUUGCAUUAAACAAACUAUCAAGUAAAGUGACAUCUGCAAACAAACGAUGCAAGACAUUUUCUUGAAACUAACUAACUAACUCUUUUCUUAGCCAUUUUUAAUACUUUUAACCAACAUUUUUUUAAAUAAAUGGUUUGCUUAGUAUUUUUGGUUUGACAUUAUAUGUUAUAUUACAGAGAGUUAUAGAUUAAGAAUGACUUAAGUGUCUAAAUAUUAUUUGGCUCCUUAUCAUUUUGACCACCGUUAUGUGCCUACAUUUUAAUAUAUAUAAUUCAGGCAUACAGUAUGUACAUGUGUGAGAUAUUCUGUUCUGUGACUGUCUUGUUCUUCUGUUACUGUGGUGUUACAGAAAUGAUUUCUACACACAAGACACCUCACCUUUGUAUAAUUAUUUCUUGUAACUGAAUGUUGCCUGUAAGGCCAUAAUACAGCCUACCUACAGACAUGUCAGAAACACAUUCACAGUUUCUGUGUAUGGUUUAUGUUGUGCCUUAACCAGGAGCAUUGUGAAAAUAGUCUGUUUAAACUGUCAAAAUUGCAUUUAUUGUUUUCAUUCCCAUCUGAAUUAGACAUUAACUUAUCAGAUCACUGUUUGGCAAAGCACAGGCCUAUGUGAAUGCAAAUAUAACUGAUUCAGACCCUGAUGGCACUCACUACCUGUAGAAUGUAAUGUCUCAAAAAUCCUCUAGAGGUCAGUGUCACUCUAUGGCUCUGAUUGAAUGAAGUUCUUUAUAUUUUUUUGUGUGUGGUUUUUCAUGGUAAUACUGUAUGUGCUAGCUAUAAUUCAGCAUUUGUUUGAUGUUUGUUUACUUUCUUCUCAAUGUGAGUUUUGUAGUUUGUUUAGACUCCAGAAACAGUAACAGAAACAGGGAUGAAAUAGAUUUGAUCAUUUUCAGCAAGCAGCUAUAUGUCAUGUUCAUUUUCAUUGUGGUUCGUUGCUAUGCAACUGUUUAAUUCAAAGACAUCCUUUUCCCGUGUUGAAGACAAUCAAGAAUAUAUCUUUUAUGCAGGGUACAGUGUUUGUGAAGACAUGAUUGCUUGUGACCUAUGAAAUGCCUUGUGGACAAUGUUAUAAUGUGUUGUGACAUUUCAUGAACAGACUUUAUGCAUGAAAAACUGAUGUUUAAAUCGAUGGUCUAUUUUUGUAUGAAUUUGUCACACAAUUUUACACCAAUAUUGCUGUCUUAUUAUUGUAGUUCUGACCAUACAGUGUGUUGACAUUAUAAAAGCCACUGAAAGAAACAACUUGGAUCUAUACAGUUCCUUCAACAGUGAUUAUUUAAAUAGUUAUAUUUAAAAAAAAAAAACAUUAUUUAGACCUCCUGGUUU